GCUUCCCACUAGGCUCAAGGACAACUGAAACCAUAAUAUCCUCACUCUCUCUAAGCCAUGGCUUCCUCUGCUAAGUACCUUUCUUUCCUAUUCCUUCUCUUCCUUAUCUCCUCUCUUCAAAUUCAUGCUAGGGAUAGCCAAUUCUUUAGCAAGGUCACCCGUGAAGACAACAACACCAACAACAAGAACACCGCGGCCGGCGCAGCCAUCAAAGAGAAUGAACUUCCGGAGAGUGAAGAACCUACACAUACCCAAGACGACGAGCCAAGCUUCAGACCUCAGAAUCACAAAGGUUUUGGCCUCUAUGGUCAAGGCUCAGAGCAAUUCUCAACCAACUCCGUCAAUGAUGCUUACUUCACUCCUACCACAGAGCAGUACACACCUCAAAACUAUGAAGAGAAGAGCUUCAACAAAGGCUACUACCCUACCAACAACUACAACUACAAUGGCUAUGAGAACAAGCAACAAGGCAUGAGAGACACCAGCUUCAUGGACACAGCCUACAACAACAACAACAACAACAACAACAAUUACAACAACUACAACAACUAUAGGUAUGGGAGCAAGCAACAAGGCAUGAGGGACUCAAGGUAUGUGGACACUUCUUACCUCAACAACAACUAUGACAAUGGGAAUGAGAUGAAGAAACAAGGGAUGAGUGACACCAGGUUCUUGGAGAAUGGAAAGUACUUCUAUGAUGUCAACAAUGAGGAAGUCUACCAUGAUAGCUACCAUAAUCAAUAUGAAUCUCCCAAGGAAACCCACAAUGGGUAUGCUUCUGCCUCAUACAAAGAAGUUGAUCAGUCAAGGAACAGAUACAACAACUAUGGAGGCUACCAUGGUAACAAUGCAAACACUUACGAGUUCACCAACUCCAUGGAUAAUGGGUUCCAGAACCAGGGUGAGGAGUUCCAACAGAGCCAGGAGGAGUAUUUGCCAUAAACCACAGUCCAUCUUCAUCUAGAGUGCAAAGAGCAUUGAGACUUGAGUGAAGUUUUCACUCUAUUUUUCUUUUAUUAAAUCUGUUGUGUGGGUAAUUUUCAUUGUUCAAUUAUAAAUUAUGGUUUGGUUAUUAUGUCCUUUGAAAAAGAGAUAAUGGACAAAGUGAAAAGAAAUGUACUAUUGUUUUCUGCUGUAGUCAUUGUGAGUGCAGUGGUGUUUGGUUCUAGAAAUCAAAAGCAAGGAAGAGCUAUGGCCUAUGAAUUUGUACUUAUAGAUGGAAAGUGUAAUAAAUGUGUAUUACAAAA